ACUCUUAUAAAGGAAAACAUUUAAUUGGGGGCUGGCUUAUCAUGGCAGGAAGUAUGGCAGUGCACAGUCAGACAUGGUGCUAGAGAAGGAACCGAGAUUUCUACAUCUGGUCCCACAGGCAGCAGGAAGGCAGGAAGAUGUUGGACCUGGCUUGAACAUUUGAGACCUCAAAGCCUUCCCCAUGACACAAGGCCACACCGCCUAAUAGUGCCACUCCCUAUGGGCCUACGGGGGUCAUUUUCAUUCAAACCACCACAGGUAGCUUGAGAUGGAUGUGGCCCAGGAGCACGAAGCAUCUCAGUCAUAGUCUCCAGGACGCAUCAGUAUCAAGUGAUGUGUUGCGUUUAGGGAAGGUAGUACUUGAGAAGAUAAUUGUAGGCUUAUUCAUUUUUGAAAACUGUAUGUGUGCCAAACAAAAUUGAUCUUUUAGUAGUAAGUUGCAAAGUCCUGUCCUUUUAAAGAGUGGAUAAGGGAAACCAAGAAAGUACUGAUUAAGACUGACAGAAGCACGGCAGAUUUUUUCAGAAGGAAAGUAGAAGAUGCUUUGAUGGAUUGCCGAAGAUCUCUUUAUACCAUCGCAUAUGCUCCUGUUCUCUUGUCUGUCUCUGAAAUCACAGAGGUUCUUAGGCACUUAUGAAAGCUAGUGUAAACUGAAGCAAUGAUCUCAUUUUGCUCACUGGGCCCCAGGAGGAAAAUCAUCUGAAGACAGAACAAGGUGGUUGAUAUGUUGGAAAGGGAGACCUGUAUUAAGUCUGUCACCCAGUUAAGAAAGGUCUUACUGAUCUUGGGAGAAAUAACUCCAAAAACGAGAUGCUCCUGAAGGCUGAGCAGAGGAAAGGCAUCCUGGGUAAUUUAGCAGCACAGUAGCCGCGGGUGUGGAGGUAUGCAUGGCUAGAGGGUGAGGUGCCUUUCACAGUACAAAGAGGGCUAUGUAGGGAGUGUAGGCUUAGGGUUUAAGGGGCCAGAGAAAAGAUCUUUCCAGAGGGGUUGGUAAUUAAUAUUGAAUUAAACCAGCUGAGUAGUUUCUUAAAUAGAAUCAAACAGAACAGUAGAUGAGGCCUGGCCUCAUAUCCUUUGAAAUGUUUAGAAGUAUACAGUCCUCAUAAAUUGGCAAUUACAGCACUUUGUGAAGAACAGGUAACUGAUACAUCUAUAAUUGAGACAACAACUAAGCUGAUGAGCUCCUGGUUCUGUUACUUGUAAUCAAUAGAAAUAGAUUUGAAACCAAAGCUAUCUGAAUAUUCACAUAAUGCUUUCCAUGGAAACCACUAGUAUAUAAUAUGUAUAGAACAACUCACAUGAAUUUUAGGGUCUGAGGACCAGUAACCCUGCUUUCUGUUAGAAACAGUUGGUCGAGAGACACUGAGUCACAUAAUAAUCACAUCUUAGCUAGAACUCUAUGAAACAUAGAGAGUAGAUGAUAUUCCAAAUCUUAAAAACAAUGUUUUUAUUCCUUUUUUUCUCUUAAGAGGUUCAGCUCAAAAUAUACGAGCAUACUGGAAAUAUAGCCAAACAACAAAUGUACCAUUUCUCUUUAAUUUUUAUAGAUGUGCAAAAUUCUGUAUAAACUUUAUAUUUUAAAAGUGUGAGAUGUGAAUACAUUUUAUCAUUUUUAAUUUUUAUCCAGCACAAUGACCAUGAUUUUGCUAUUUUUUUUGCUCCUAGCUAUACUUUUGCAUGACACUGAUAAUGAAUAUUAGAGUUUAAUGAAGAUUAUAUUUGUUUAUAGUUUUCAUUGUCUUUUAGAGCAAUCAGGGUAUUGUAGUUUGCUUUAUUUUUGACAGGGUCUCACUCUGCAAUCCAGACUGCGCUGUAACUCAUUCACUUGAGCAGUAGAUACUUGUUGAGUAUAUGAAGGGAAGCCAAGAUGUGCGUGGGGGCUGGUUGCCUGUAGAUUUCCCCUGGAGACAGACCACACUAACACAUAACUGCUGGGUGAUGAGUGUGUACAUUCAUUAGCACUGAUAAAGUUGGAGCUGCGGUAGUGAGGCCUGGAGAGGAUGUUCCACUGAAACAUGGUGCUUAGGUUAUAUGGCAACAGAAAGAAGUUAUCAAGUGACUUAGAACUCUCAACUCUCCUCCAGCACUACAUCUGCCUGCAAGUCUCCAUAUCCCACCAUGAUGACGGACUAAACCUCCAAACCAGCUGCAGACUGUGCAGGGCUCUGCACAUGCUAACUAUCUGCUCUGUGUCACUGAGCUGCAACUUUUUAGUUGCUGGGAGCUGUACAAUCAAAUUUUCAACUGCAUACGGGGCCAUUGAGGCAUAUUCUUCUAGCCAGGUAGCGGGACACGCCUUUAUGGAGACUGGUCUAGGCAUUUCUUCCACCUAAGGAUCUCCUGGAGAGCUGCAACAAUGCCCAAAAGAAAGGCUGCAAGUGAUGUGAGUCAGGAGCCAAAGAGAAGAUCAGCCCGACUGUCUGCUGUGCCUGUGCCCUUUACACCAGAGUUGAAACCUAAAAGAACAUCAACUCAAAGGAAAAUGAAGAACACGAAUGUUGUAGCAGAAGAAAACAAGGAUGCAGGUGCUGUAACAGUUCCUGAAAGCAAGCCCAAAGAUGAUCAGGAGGCAAGCAACAUGGACAAGGCUGAAAAUGGAGAAGCCAAAGUUGUGGAGGCACCCAUUCAAAAGAUGGAAGCGGAGGAAGUAAAAGAGAUGAAUGAAGAUGCUGAAGAAGAUGGAGGAGAAAAGAAAGAAGCAGUGGCAGCAGAAGGAAAAGAUGAUGAGCUAGAAGAAAAAAUCCAAAAUAUAGAGAAAAAGGAAGAUGGAGAAGAGGACAAAGAUAAAGACGAGGAGGUGAAAGACAAAAACAGGGAAGGAGUCCUGGAAGAGAAACCAGAGUCAGCAGGAAGUAAGGAUGCAAAGGGUGAUGAAAAAGAAGACAGCAAAGAGGAGCAAGGAGAUGGGAAGAAGGAAGAAGAGGAAGAUGACAAACAAGAGGAAGCUGAAGCCGAGGAAGAAGUUAAAGAACAGAGAGAGGAAAAAGAAGAGGAAGGUGGAAAAUGCAAAGAGGAAAAUGAGGAAGAUGAACAGGAAGGCCAGAGAGGGGAAGACGGAAAGGAGAAAGAUGGUGGGAAAGAGAGACAGAAGGAAGAAGGCGAAGACAAAGAGACCGCAGGUGAAGGAAAUGAUGAAAGCAAGGUGGAGGCCGAACAAGAAGCUGAAAACAAAGAUCUGAAACAUGGAGAAAGAGAGGCGUCUCUGAGUAUUGUCUAAAACCGCCCUAUGUGAUAUCAUAAUUUGGUAACAUGUACCUUCCUGUUGUAAUGUUAAUAGAGAUAAAACUUUUACUAGAUAUUUUAUAAGCAGUGCUUCAAUUCUGGAACAUCAUUCAAUCUUGGAACAUCAUACAGGUUAUUAGUUGUGAAAUACCUAACAUAACACCUUUAUACAUUUUGUGGUUAGAGUAGUGCAAAAUAUAAAAUGUCCACUUGCGACUUUGUGAAUUUCACUGUGUGUAAGUUAUCUUAGCAUUUCAAUUUCAUUCUUACAUGUGAAUAUUUUGCAGACUAGGAGAAUUCCAAAAGAAAGAGUUUGUACAACUUUACUGUAGCUCUCUAGGUUGCUUUUAUAAAGAAGGUCAACUCUUUUCAGGUAAUGUUAAGAAUUAGAAUUGCCAUUACCAAAUAUAACUGUAUUAGUAGCUUGGAAAGAAUAUAACAUCUUAAUUUUGUUUUUGGAGAAAUUUGAAUGUUUGUUUCAGGAGGACAGUUUUGAUUAUAUGUGUAUGCACAAAGUUUUCCUGGAUUUAUAAUAAUAAAACAGUUCUAUAAACAUUAAAAAAAAGAAGUUAUCAAGUUAUCAAAAGGGGUAUACGCAGAAAGAAGAAUGCUUGAGUAAAUGAUUUACAUAUAUGAUAUGAGGGGUGAGGGCAGGUGAACUGUGUGUUACCCUUUAAAACUGACUUUGUAGGGCAUUGCUAACACUGCAUAACUGAAAAUGGGACUGGAACAAUGAGGCUAGAGUCUAGCUGGCAGCUUCGACUUAGUACCUAUAGCUGAGGUUGACUUUGUACUGCAGGCACUUUGUGACCAGGUUGCCAUAAUCUGCGGAGUAGCUACAUGCUUAGAGGUGGUAUAAGUUGUAGAUCCCAAGGUCACACAGCAAGUAAAUGGCAAAGAUCGGAUGUCAGCUCAGAAUAACUGACCAGACUCAUGUUCCUAUUUAUUAUUUUGUUUAUCUGUUGUUAAAUAAAUCCAAAAAUUAAGAAAUAUCAAAGUAUGACAAAUAUUUAUUGGU